AUGUCGGAAAGCUGUUUUAAUAUACUCCUUCAGAAGCUAGGAAAUAAAUUAGUAAAGAAAGAUACUCGUUGGAGGAAAGCUAUAUCUCCUAGAGAGCGGCUAGCAAUUUGUCUAAGGUAUCUAACAACAGGCGAUUCUCUGAAGACAAUUUCAUUUAGUUACCGCUUGGGCCACAGCAUAUUCCAUAGUUAUGGAAACAUGCAAGAUAAUAAAGGAAACUCUGAUGAG